AUGGCUAGAUCCUCAGAUAAAACCGACUCUUCUUAUAUACCCUUGGCUGGUAGCGCUGAAGAUGGAUUUUCCAAAGAUGACGAAGCCACGGCCACGUGCUAUUGUGGUGCUGUCCAAUUAUGCUUCCCAACUCAAGGUCCGGGAUUAGUCGACACUUUUCUAUGUCAUUGCACCGACUGUAGGAAGAUAACAGCGUCAAUGUUCGCAUCGAAUUUUAUAAUAUUGGACACACAUCUCAAACAUCUCCGGGGUCGCGACCAACUGAGCACAUACAGUCAAUCGAAAACUAUCGUAUCUGGGAAAGCAAUGACAAACUUCUUUUGCUCGAUAUGUGGUUCGUUGAUGUACAGGGUUGGUGAGGCAUACCCAGGAAGUAGUAUUUUGCGUAUAGGCACUGUAGAUGAUUUCAAUCUACACGAAACCAGGUUGAAGCCUAGGGUUGAGCAGUUUACAAAGGAUCGCGUGGCAUGGUUGUGUGGAGCGGAUGGUGUUGAGCAAGUUGAGGGGUCAGCCUAUAGCCCAAGAACAAGAAUGCCUCGCCGAGGAUCUCUUUAA